CCCCUCCCUCCCUCCCUCCAUCGCACAUUGCCUGCUUACUGGCUCCCCGCCAUUGCUGACCAGCGACCGCAACCACCACCUUCCCGCCACUAUAUACACACUCCCUUGCGCGCGCUGACGCAGUGACAAAUCGCACGGGCGGCGCGCGGCCUAGCUGUAUUGCACUGUCCACCACCGCCAGCGUCAAAUAUCUCCGGCGAGAGCUUCAGCGAUAUUUAUUUCCGGAGAGCUUGCCGGGAAGGGGGAGGAGGAGGAGCGGCGGCGGCGGCGGCAUGGUGUUCUUCUGCUUCCUGGUGGACCAGCGGCGGAAGGUGCGGAGCAGCAAGCCGGCGGCGGGGAUCUGCUCGCGCUGCGGCGGCUGCGCCAGCGUGGCGGACAUGGAGACGGCCACGCGGCUCUGCUACCUCCUCACCGUGCACCGCGUCACCUGGCGCGCCAUCAUCUGCACCUUCUGCGGCGCCAUGCUCAAGUCCUACCGCCACUACCGCCUCUACUAGGCCGGCGGCCACCGUCUCCACCCGCGUCCCGUUUCCUGACGGCCGGUGCAGCGUGCAUGUGCCAGCUAGUUUUGUUUGCUCUGCUUAUUAAUUUGUGUUUAAGGCGUGCUCUCUAGCUAGCUUGGAGAUUGUUGCACUGGAUGGAUUCUUGUUAUCUUAUGUACAUAUGUUAUGCAAGGUUGGAUUACCUUCUCUUCUAAAUUGGUAUCUCCGUCCGUGGAGGCCAAUAGGAUUACUAUUUAGUAGUACUACGAUCUCAUGCAAGAGAGAAGGGAGAAGUGUGAGGAUCUUUGUUAUCCAUCCCUAAUUAGCUCCUCUUGUAAUAGUAGUAUGGAUGUUCAUACAUUUCCCCUCUCCUCUCCACGGCAUUAACGUGUGAUUUGAUUCCUCACACUUUUCAUCUUCUUCUUUUUUGUUGUUGAGAAAAUCACACCUUUCAUCUGACAAGGCCCUGUUGUCUGCUACUGCUAUGAGAUAUUUCGAAAUAAACAAGGACGGGAUGUAUUUG